AGGGCGCGCGGCGGUGCGGCCGGAGCCCGGGGCGCGCACUCGGCCCGGCCCGGGCCCCAGCAUGGCCGAGCCGCUGCUCAGGAAAACCUUCUCCCGCCUGCGGGGCCGGGAGAAACUUCCCCGGAAAAAGUCGGACGCGAAGGAUCGCGGUGGCCCAGCCCAGCGCUCAGAGCCCAGCCCUCCAGAGCCAGAGCCCCAGGCUCCCGAAGGGUCCCAGGCUGGAGCAGAGGGGCCCCCCAGCCCUGAGGCCUCGCGGAGCCCUGCUCGGGGUGCCUACCUGCAAAGCCUGGAGCCCAGCAGCCGACGAUGGGUGCUGGGUGGGGCUAAGCCACCUGAGGAGGCCUCUUUGGGGCCUGGGGCUCCUGGCAGUGGGGAGCCUGCUGGCGAGAUCUGGUACAACCCCAUCCCUGAAGAAGACCCCAGACCCCCAGCACCUGAGCCCCCAGGGCCACAGCCAGGCUCCACUGAGCCAGAAGGCCCAGCCCCCCAAGGUGCAGCCCCCUCCAGCCCCCCAACCAAAGCCUCCCGCACCAAGUCCCCAGGCCCCGCCAGGCGCCUCUCUAUGAAGAUGAAGAAGCUGCCAGAGCUGAGGCGCCGCCUGAGCCUGCGCGGACCCCGGGCUGGCCGGGAGCGGGAAAGGGCUGCCCCUGCAGGCUCCGUCAUCAGCCGUUACCACCUGGACAGCAGCGUGGGGGGGCCCGGGCCGGCAGCAGUGGCCGGGGGUACCCGGAGCCCGCGGACCGGUUACCUCAGUGACGGGGACUCCCCGGAGCGUCCGGCAGGGCCCCCGUCGCCCACGGCCUUCCGGCCCUAUGAGGUGGGCCCAGCAGCCCGGGCACCCCCAGCCGCACUCUGGGGCCGCCUCAGCCUGCACCUGUACGGGCUGGGGGGGCUGCGGCCAGCACCGGGCGCCACCGCAAGAAACCUCUGCUGCCUGCUGCAAGUGGACGGGGUGGCCCGGGCCCGCACAGGGCCACUUCGAGGGGGGCCGGACUUCCUACGGCUGGACCACACCUUCCACCUGGAGCUGGAGGCCGCCCGGCUACUGCGGGCCCUAGUGCUAGCGUGGGACCCUGGUGUGAGGCGGCACCGGCCCUGUGCCCAGGGCACUGUGCUGCUGCCCACGGUCUUCCGAGGGUGCCAGGCCCAACAGCUGGCUGUGCGCCUGGAGCCCCAGGGGCUGCUGUAUGCCAAGCUGACCCUUUCGGAGCUGCAGGAAGCACCUGCCACAGCUGAGUCCCGAGUCUUUGGGCUGCCCCUGCCACUGCUGGUGGAGCGGGAGCAGCCCCCAGGCCAGGUGCCCCUCAUCAUCCAGAAGUGUGUUGGGCAGAUCGAGCGCCGAGGGCUUCGGGUAGUGGGACUGUACCGUCUAUGUGGCUCAGCAGCAGUGAAGAAAGAGCUUCGGGAUGCCUUUGAGCGGGACAGUGCAGCUGUCUGCCUCUCUGAGGACCUGUACCCUGAUAUCAAUGUUAUCACUGGCAUCCUCAAGGAUUAUCUCCGAGAGUUGCCCACCCCACUCAUCACCCAGCCCCUCUACCAGGUGGUGCUGGAGGCCAUGGCCCAAGCGGCCCCGAGCAGGGCUCCACCCAGCCCUGAGGGCACCCGAGGGCUCCUCAGCUGCCUGCCAGAUGUGGAAAGGGCCACGCUGACGCUCCUCCUGGACCACCUGCGCCUCGUCUCCUCCUUCCACGCCCACAACCGCAUGACCCCGCAGAACCUGGCCGUAUGCUUCGGGCCAGUGCUGCUCCCGGCGCGCCAGGCGCCCGCACGACCCCGUGUCCGCAGCUCUGGCCCAGGCCUCGCCAGCGCAGUGGACUUCAAGCGCCACAUCGAGGUGCUGCACUACCUGCUGCAGUCUUGGCCAGAUCCCCGCCUGCCUCCAGAAGCUCCGGACGUGGCGCCGUACUUGCGGCCCAAACGACAGCCGCCGCUGCACUUGCCGCUAGCGAGUCCCGAAGUGGUGACUCGGCCCCGUGGCCGGGGAGGUCCCGAGAGCCCCCCAAGCAACCGCUACGCCGGCGACUGGAGCGUUUGCGGGCGGGAUUUCCUGUCCUGUGGGCGGGACUUCCUUUCCGGGUCCGAUUACGACCACGUGACAGGCAGCGACAGCGAGGAUGACGACGACGAGGAGGAGGGCGAGCCGAGAGGCGCCGCUGACUUCGAAGACGACUUCGAUGCGCCCUUCAACCCGCACCUGAAUCUCAAAGACUUUGACGCCCUCAUCCUGGACCUGGAGCGAGAGCUCUCCAAGCAGAUCAAUGUGUGCCUCUGAGCCACCCCGUUACUAAGGACCGGGCUCCUGGUUGCUAAGGCGGUGCUCUAACAACCGAGGAGGACCAGACCUGCUUGCCCAGGACGAGCGCCUGGUUGCUAGGGAGUUGUCAAGGGACCAGUCUCCUUUUGCCGGAAUCAUUCCCAGUUUCCGGCACCCAGUAUUUUGGACACUGGUUGAGAAGGCCGGGGACUGCAGAUUUUAGGGACCAGCAGUUGUGGCCAUCUUUCCUGAGCACCAAGGGCUUCUCCUUUUGUUGCCAAAAGGCAGUUCACUUGCUUGCUAGGCUGGCCUCUCUUGCCUCCCCUUGGCCGGGGAAACACCAGUUACUGUGAGCAUCACCCUAGGGUGGUGAGACACCCCUAGUCAGUCCUCUUGCUGCUGCCAACCAAAUCAGUAUUAGCUUUGAGCACUGCACUCUGUUUCUCCCUUCCUUGGAGGACCCAAGGGCCAUCAUGAGGUGCUGUUUUGCAGGGGGCAGCCCCUAUCCUGGGCUUAGCUGGAUAGGGGCAGCCGGGGGGCUUAUAGAAAGAUAGCUGGUUUCCCCACCCUCUUUUCCAGGGAAGACCCCAUGAUUGGCCUCCAGCCAGCAAACGGAGAUAACAGAGUCUGCCCGUUUCCCUCCCCAAUUUCCCUUCCCCUACCCCGGAAAAAAUUUGAGCACUUAACCUCUCCCUUUUGGAGGGGCCCCACCUGAAGCAUCAGGCUGGGGGCACUUUGGUACGGAACAUAUUUAUUGCCUCCGUGCAUGUGUGUGUCUGUGUGUGAGGAUUAGUGUGCAUGGACACGCCUGGAGCAGGCGUGUGGGGCUCUUUCAGGGACCACAGAGGGGGGAAGAGUUCACAGCACUCAGUCACCCUAAAAUCCCUGGUAAUGGUGCCUCAGUGGGCCCCAGAGUUCCAGUGGGAGAGUAGGGUUCUCUCCUGUCUCCCUCUUCUUUCCCUCACCUCCAUCUUUGUGGACAAUAAAUCAAUAUGCACAGGUUCUG